AUGCUCCCCUUAGUCAAGAGAGUGGUGCUCGCGGUGCUAGGGCCGGCGGUGUUUCUCUACCAGCUCUUGAACAGGGUGUUUUGGCUGGGGCUCAACGAACGGUCUGUGAUUGGAUUGCCCGUCAACUUCUUCAUCAACUUUCUGCCGGUUUUCAUAUGGCUUUUGAUAUUCAAAAACGCUGGCCUCAUUCCAAAAGACAUCAGGCCCACCAUCCAUGUUGCUUUGGCCCACAGGGUUGAGCAGGUGAUGUUCGACGUGUGGGAGUACCCGCUUCUGUCGUUGCUUUCGUUGGUGGCCAUCACCUUGGCUGCGUGGGUUCUCUACGCAAAAGUUUACCUGACCAAAAGGGAUUCGGAUCCUUCUCUUGAGACGUCGAGCUCCUCGCUGCUGCUGCUGCUGUCGUCGUUGUUUUCCGACGAGGAUUUGGAGAUGGUUGAUUACGAAAAUCCCAAAGCAGCCCCUUCCGACCCUUCCGUUCCGGCAAAUUUCCAGGACCAUCCGAAAAUAGGCCUGUUACCCUACAUUCCCAAGUUCACCCAGCACGACGCCGUGGAAAACGCCACAAUCAUCAACAGGAGACUCAAACGUCAUAUGAACGAGCGCAAGACGCCUUCUCCGUUCAAUUGCUGGCCCAUGGCGCCGCCAGCGCUCUUGGCGGCUUCGUGGCUCUUACUCAACUUGGAUGAGUCUCUUGCCCAGCCCAUCACUGAGACGAAGGACACCAUCGCGUGGUUCAGCUACGUGAUUGGCCAUUUCUGUGUUCCUCUUUUCACUGCUAUUUGGCUCUACGUGUUUCACCCACCAGGAGCACUCAAAUGCUUCGGUUUCGCCUUAGGCGCCCAAAACAUCGCCGGCGUUCUUACCCACCUCCUGUUCCCAACAGCUCCUCCAUGGUUCAUUCACAAGUUUGGCGACGACGCUGAAGCCAGCUACGAUACCUUGGGCUACGCUGCAGGGCUCACCCGUGCCAAGUUCUCCACGGGAACUCACUUGGUCAACAACGGGUUCCACAAAAGCCCCAUUGUGUUUGGCGCCGUGCCCUCAUUGCACUCGGCCAUGGCGGUCAUCUGCUUCUUCUUCGUGUGCUACUAUUCGAGGUGGAUUUUCGCCAAAGCGCUCCUUCUAGCAUUUGUAUUUUGCCAGUGGUGGGCCACCAUCUACUUGGACCACCAUUGGCGCAUAGACCUUUUUGUCGGGCUCGGUUACGCCAUUGCAUCCUACACGGUGUUCUCCAAGUGGUUGAUGCCCCGUGUGGACCAAGAGUUUGCCCAGGCCCGUCUACAUUACGAUUUCAACCGAGGAUCCACCAUGGGCAUGAGGGUGUUCCGAAACACCAAGCUACAGAACUUUUUCGACCCCAUGGCUUAA